UGUGCUUCAGUACGGGAUGUGCAAAUAAUAUCACCUUGAAUCCUCGAUAAAUAAAUGUUAUGUUUCAUACAUUUGAUGGGGCUCGAGUGAAGUGAAGUGGCCUGGGCUCCAGUUACAGUCUUCAAAGGACAAGAGCGGCUCUGGUGACGUCACAGGGGGCAAGGUGUUUUAAUAGUUCAUUGUAAAAUAUGCGCCUCAUUUCCACACGAAAAGAUGAUGAGCUGUCAUGGCAUGUCAAUUUCCUUUAAUGUUCUCUGCUACUUGUUAAAUAUGCAGAGGGGCAGAGGGAGGGGGGUAUAUAAGCUCUCCUGGACCCUCGACCUGUCAUUCUGACCUCAGUGCAUCAUGAACGCGCACGGAGCUCUGCGCCUACUCUGCUACCAGCUUCUGCUUCUUGGAGUUUUCGGAAAGCACGAUAAUCACGGCACGAGGAACACGUCACCCAGAAACCACCGGCAUCAUUUACCGACAUACAUGAUGCAGCUCUACCGACACUUCAAGCUCAACCAAACGCGUCCCGUGGAGAACACAGAGCACGAGCAAGCGGACACCAUCAAGAGCAUCCUCUCCAAGAGUUUGACCAAUCAGGACACACACUACGUCACACACUUCGACCUUUCCUCGGUUCUGUCCGAGCGUCAGAUCCAUGCGGCGGAGCUGAGGAUUCGUCUUCCCAAAGAAACGCAGCAAACGAACAUCACGGUGGAGAUCCGACACCAGCAGGACGUCCCGUGCCACCAACACGGCAUCUGUCUGGAGAACCAGUCCCUGGGUCAGCUGUCUGUUUCCUCUCUGAUGAGCGUCUCCCAUCACUGGAGGGUCUACAACGCCACAGACCUGCUCCUAAACUGGAUCGGUCCCAAACUCUCCGAGCGGAUCCGCCGGAAGACCAGGAGAGCCGUGAGACGCGCUCUUCAAACCGGGAAUAAAGCUGUGGACGGGAUCCGUCACAGAGCCAUGCUGCUGGUCUUCUCACACACCGUCUCUGGACAGAGCGAGCAGGACCGAGCCAGUCUCCUGCACACAGCCGAGACGUCCAAGUUCUUGUUUAACACCGAAGGAAAGGAGGUGCGGAGAGUCAAGCCACACAGGAGCAAGCGGGGCCGCAGGGGUCAGCCGAUGAGGAACCCAGAGCCACUCCGGGCCCCGGCGGAGAAGAGCUCCAUGUGCAGGAGGGUCAACAUGCAGGUGGACUUCAAUCAGAUCGGAUGGAGCUCCUGGAUCAUCUUCCCAAAGAAGUACAACGCGUACCGCUGCGAGGGCAGCUGCCCAAACCCUCUGAGCGAAGACCUUCAUCCCACCAACCACGCUUACAUGCAGAGUUUGCUGAAGUACUAUGAUCCCAGCAGAGUUCCUGCGGCCUGCUGCGCUCCGACCAGGACGAGUCCGCUCAGCAUGCUUUACUACGAGAACGGAGAGCUGCUCCUCCGACACCACGAGGACAUGCAGGUGGAGGAGUGCGGCUGUCUGUGACCAGCUUCAUCAGAGAGCCGAGGAACAUCCGCCAGGAGAAACACUUCCCUCUGCUCAGAGUCUGCUUCUGGAAAGUCUAGAUAAUCAUGAUCAGCACUCUCUAUGUAUUUACAAUCACACCGUGUGGUGGAGAAACUAUGUACAUAUUUAUUGUAAAUAAUAUGUAAAUAAAGCCUUGAUAUUUAUGUAAAUAUAAUAUAUGAAACUUUGUAUAAAGAAUGGAGAUCAGACGAUGAUAUUUUUGCUAAUAGAAAUAAAAGUAUUUGCCUGAAA